AUGAACUUCCUGUCCGUCGCUCUUCUCUUCUGUAUUCUCGCUAACGCAUUUGCCAGUCAUUAUGAGCACCACCACGAAGAACACCAUGGUCAUCAUCAUCCAUCUGAAGAAGACGUCGCCGAGUUGGCCAGUGCAGCCCGCGACAGUGCAGUCCAGCAUUAUCUUGCCCGCGAGAAAUUCCGCUCCAAAGUCCGUCACGCGCUGGUCCGAGACGACAUCCGACGCAAUCUCAACCGUCACGAACUCCGCAAAGCAGCCAGGGAUUUCCUCGAGCAGCAGUAA